AUGGCGUCGAGAUACACGAAUGGGGAUGUCCAACAGAAGCAUACGUUUCGCUUCAAAGACGUAUCUGGAGAGCCUCAACGUAUGCUUCCACCGAUUCAAGGCUACGAAAAUGUGCCUCUCGUUUCUCUCGAAGAGGCCGUCCAUCCUCUUAUCUCAUUGGUGCCUCAAAUCAAGCGUAUGGCAUGGACAGUCAAGCAAAACUGUGACGAACCACUGGAUGGUCUUACAGCUGAUGAGUCGGCUUCAAUCAUGUUGUACACAAUGGAAUGGAUUCCGAAACACAAAUCUUUUUAUUACGUUUUCAACACCGCUCUUCGCUCCGAGAAUCGACAAAAACUAAAACCUUGGUUUCGCUAUCUGAAACUCAUUGUCACUGCGCUGUCGAAACUUCCAUCGGCCCGUCGUACUGUCUAUCGAGGAGUGAAAAUGGACCUGCAUCGUUUAUACCCCAAGGGUAAAACUUUUGUCUGGUGGGGAUUUUCCUCAUGCACACUCACCUUAGAAGUACUCCAGUCAGAAGAUUUUCUCGGCAAGUCAGGUACCAGAACUAUGUUUACUAUCGAGUGUGAUAGUGGAAAAGACAUCCGCAAUCAUUCUUUAUAUCAAUCAGAGGAUGAAAUUCUCCUUCCCGCUGCCCGACAAUUCAAAGUUAUGGGAUGUCUCGACUUGGGCAACAGCGUUUAUAUUAUUCAAUUAAAGGAGAUUGAACCAAUGUUUCCUCUGCUCGAGCCAAUCUCUUCACAUGCUGUUCCACUUGCUCAGCCAACGAAUAGAUUACCUCCACCAUCGACGGGCCUACUAAAAACUGUAAAGCCGUCGAUGAAAAACGACGUAACUUAUCGAAAUCCGAGACUUGAAGAAGAAAUCGCCAAAUAUGAGCUUCGAUCGUUUGUUCUAUUGUCUAAGGAGCACUUAACCGAUCGAGACAUGAACAUUGUGGCUCCACAAGUGAUCAUCCAAAAACAGUGCACAGCGCUCUGGUUGGCACAAAACGAGAUUACUCCAAAUGGUGCCUCGAUCAUAGCGGACGCAUUGCAGGACAACACAACAUUGGAAACACUAGAACUUUCUGGAAAUCGCUUAUCGGACAAGGGCAUACAUUCUUUGACACAGAUACUCGCGGUCAACAACUCGACGCUCAAGAAACUCUACUUUGGCUCUAACGGCAUCACAGAUCGAGGUGCAUUGUAUAUAGCUCAGUUCCUGAGGAAUAAUCGAGCACUGACCCGUCUAGAUCUAUCCUUUAAUGAAAUAGGCGAUAUAGGGGUGCAACGGUUAGCCAGAGUACUUGCUCAUUUCAAUACGACUCUUAUUCAGCUGAAUCUCUCCUGGAAUAAAUCAGUGAGCGAUUCGAGUGUCGAUUAUUUUGCUGACAUGAUCGAACACCAUCGAGGAUUCGAUGUAGUCGACGUGUCUAACUGCAGUCUAUCAGUUACGGGCAAAGCAAAACUUCGAGACAUGACAAGAUUAAAGAAAAAUUUAAAACUGUCUCUAUGA